AUGAAUGUUGAGUCAACCGAUACAAAUCCAAUUACUGAUAUUAAUAUUGAUUUUGAUGUUUUUCAAGUUGAUGAUAGUUCAACAAAUGUUGAGUCAGAUUUAAAUUCAUAUUGUGAUUCAUCAGAUUCCGAUGAAAAUGAAUUAGGAAUACUUGAUAAUUUACUUCAAUCCAAUGACAAUUCCAAUUCAGUACCAGAUAUAAUUAACUCAUCAAAACUUCAUCAACAAAUCGAACGAUUAUCAAACAAAAUUGAUCGAUUGGCUUCAAUGACCAACAUUAACCGACAUGCUCUCGAACCAUAUGCUGCUAAAUCAGGUCAAUUUUUUCCACCCGAUUACAUGAAAAAAAAUUUACUUGACAUAAUGGCAACGGACUAUGCUGAUUAUGCACGACAGCUAUUACGAAUUCUAUACACAAGCUAUGAACUUAAAAAUUCAAUUUUGCCACCUGGUAGAUCCCAUUUAAAACGAGAACCACUUGAUCCAGAACGAUUUAAAUUGCUGACCGGCAGGAAAAUCAUUUGUCCUUUAUCAUUAUUUCUCUUUUCAUUUUGGUCAGAUGCCAUUCGAAUAAAAUUCCGAUUAGAUGAAACAAACUUUGGCUUAUUUUAUCGAUCAUUACUACGGCGAAAGCUCACCGAUUUCUUGAUUGAAGAACGACGACGAGACAGCAUCAAAGAAAUUCGCCAUAUCCACAAACAAAACCAGCAGCAAAGUUCAUCAUCAUUAGAUGAAGCAUUUGACUGA